AGCAUUCCUGUCACUGUGCAUCUCCUGCCUUUAUUUUUUCUUUUCUAGAACCCAAACCUUCUCCCACUAUUCCAACAUGUCGGCCAUUGCCUCUGCGCUGCGCCCUACCCUCCGCGCCUCCUCCGGCGCCGCCCUGUCCACGCGUUCCUUCAGCUCUUCCUCGUCGCGUUCCAUUGCUCGUAUCAUGAUCACGGGUCGUCUGGCUGGCCAACCCGAGGUGCAGGCCACCGCUUCUGGCCAGGAAGUUAUCAGAUACACCGUGGCCUCUAACCAGAACUCGAGGGAUAAGCGCCCGCCGAGCUUCUUCAAGGUGUCGGCCUUCAGUGAGGGAAACCAGCGCGAUUUCAUCACCAACUUGCAGACGGGAACUCUCGUGUUUGUCGAGGGCGACGCAACCAUGCGCCAGUGGGAGAACGCAGAGGGCAAGAAGCAGACGGCCCUGAACAUCACGCAGCGCGCCCUCGAGGUUCUCAAGCGUCCGUACAACCCCGAAGCUUUCUCUGAGGAGCAGCAGCACCAGCAGCAGGAGGAGUAAACGGGAACAAAUCAUUGAUCGGAUAAUACUGUAAGAGUUGGUUGGCAAUUCUCAAAUAAUACCGGGCGGCAGGAUGAUGCAGCUGUCUUGAAGUCAGACAUCACCCUAUUCCUUUGCUGGCCUCAAGGUGUUCGAUGCAGACUUCUUCUCAAUUGUCGGUGAAAUCGGGCACCAUGGGCCACCCUGCCUGCCAUCAGAAACUCUUUUCAUUUGGGUUCUUCCAAAGUUUCCUUGGCCAUAUGUAUCAUGUCUAGCAGUCUUCUCAUGUAAAGUAUCCUUUUUCUUUAAUUUUCUUCCUCAUAUGAUAUGCU